UCGCGUUACUCGAUCCCCCUCGGGUUUCUGGGCAGGCAGGCAGUUACAUUAGUGGUGGACUCCGUUGAAGGAAUUUGGCCCGUCCCUCACUCGACUCCACAGGACCUGUUAUUGCACUCCAAGUCAACCCUCCUUCACAGGCCACACCCCUUCCAUCGCAAAUCCUCCAAAAGCGAGGUUGGGGGUCCAGGUCCCACACGCCGGUUGGAGCUGAACAAGUGGACCAUGUCCCGGGUGGAAGCCCUCCCGGACCCCAAACUUGACUCGCUCCUAAAGGGUCUCCGUACGGAAAUUGCCAUGGCUGUGGAUGACACCUUCCCGCUAGUUCAUGGCCUGGCCGACAAGAACAUCAUCACUGAGCAGAUGCUGAAGGACACUGUGGAGCAGGAGGGCCGGGAAGGUGUCCACAAGGCCUUGUACUCACUGCUGUCCUGGGUACUGGAUCAGAGUACUUCCACCAUGCGGACCUUCUGGAGGACCCUGAACAAGUCCUAUAACCUGGACAGCUACCCCAAGCUGCGACCACUCCUCGCCCCCCACAACCAUGUCAGCGACAAUACAUCUCCUCAAGGCAAGAGGACUCACGGAAAAAAGAGGAGCCACAAGGACAGAGAAGAUCAAUAUCGCACCAAGACGACCCACGGAUCUCCAGAGGGUAAAGUGAAGCUGUACAAAGUGAAGAAUGAAGUUCCUCCUCAGCAAGCAACAAAUGCGUCAGUCCAGAAAGUAGGAAUUCCCUCGUCUUCGGCGGCGGUCUCCACCGGUGAGCUGUCAGACACGUGUGGAUCAUCGAAGGAGAAACUUUUGAUCUUGGAUGGUUCUGCAAGAAAGUACCUCAAAGUUCCAGGAGACUUUAACAAAUGUAAAGAGCUCAAGUCCAAAGCUGCCAUGGCAACCUUUCAACACAAGACGGAGACAAUGGCAGGCUCUGCACAGGUCCCGCCAUUCUCCACACAGCCUUGUCAUACUUGCGUGCAAAGCGUCAUUUUUUUUUUUUUUAAUACUCUAAAUCUGUUCAUGCAGAGUCACCACAACGACGACGAGUGCGCCGCGUGCAAAGACGGAGGUGAGUUGAUCUGCUGUGAUGGAUGCCCGCGAGCUUUUCAUUUAACCUGCCUGGAACCUCCGCUUGCGUCCAUCCCCAGUGGUUCUUGGCGAUGUGAGGGCUGCAGUGGCAGAGUGGGGCAAGAACACAAAAACCAGCAAGCUUUGCAACGGCCACGGACAAAAUCCAUCCCCUCCACCGUAGACAUGUCGUUGUUCCCCUUACUGUCCUCCUCCACAGCCUCCAGCAAGGAGUACCCAGACUCGUGUGGUAUUUGUCACCUGGGAGGAGGAGACCUCGCUCGCUGCCUCCAGUGUUCCAAGCGAUACCACCGCCACUGCCACUUCCCCAUCGGGAGAUCCAGCUGCCUGUCGUGCUCCGUGGCGCUGGUCAGCACUGCAGAAAAAGAGGCCGAGUCAAAAUGUUUGCAGCUUCCCGUGUCCGUCCGCAACCCGCACGGCCAUGAGCAGCGCUCAUCGGUCCACAAAGACGAACUGGACUCCAUCCUGGGAGAUGCCUCCUUGGAUAGCAUCCUGCAAUGGGCUUUCCAUAACAUCCCUCAACCUCUUCUAAACUCUCACGGAUGCUACCAGUGACUUGGAGUCAAGCACCUUCCAACUAGUGUACUACUAAUAUUACUAGGAAUGGGACUCCUACUUCGUCUACUACUAUUACUCGCGUUGCUGCCAACGACAUGCAGCGAUGCCUCGAGAUACAAGGUGAAUUUGUUUCGUUUCCACACUCGCCACUCAAGAAAUUGUGUAUCUCAAAUCAUUUCUGCCCAUUGAAAUGAAUGGAAAUGGGAUUAAUAGAUGAACGAAGGGCUGCAUGUAAGGAUUGGAUUUGGUUUUCCUUGCACGGAAGAACUUUGUUGCCAUACUGAGGAAAGACUAUUGAUUGGCUAUGUGGGGAAACAAGAAUACAAACAUAUAAAAAGGGGUGGGUUACCUCGGGUAACGAUAUCUGCAGAGCUGCAAUGGGAACAUUACGGUGAAGUCAACAACGGACUCAUUGAUCAGUGUUCCAAAAAAGACAAAGUUGAAAAAGAGGUCGCAGAUACGUUAUUUAUAAUUAAUUCUGUUUGUUUGCUUCCAGGCGGAACGGUGGCUCAGCUGGAAAGCGUUGACCUCACAGUUCUGAGGUCCCAGGGUCAAUCCCGGAUGCGCCUGUGUGGAGUUUGCAUGUUCUCCCCAUGCCUGCGUGGGUUUCCUCCCACAUACCAAAAACAUGCAUGCAUUGGAGACUCUAAAUUGCCCCUCGGUGUGAUUGUCAGUGCGGCUGUUUGUCUCGAUGUGCCCUGCGAUUGGCUGGCAACCAGUUCAGGGCGUACCCCGCCUCCUGCCCGUUGACAGCUGGGAUAGGCUCAAGCAUUCCCCGCAACCCUCGUGAGGAUAAGCGGGGCGCUUUAGGCCGAUCCACGGACUUCGUGAUUUGUGGCAUCAACUGGAACAGUAGCCAUUUAAUAGAGAACCUCAACAUCUUCAUUUUGGCCACCUCCGGAUGUUAUCUCUUCAGUGCCACCGUAUCUGAUCUGUACAUCCGUCUUCUCUCACAACCAAGAUUGCCUCCAGCAGACACCCGCUCACUAUCUUCUUCCUUCAUUCACUGGCCAAACCCCUGAUUCACUCAUCCAAUCGAUGAGUCAAAGUCGACUGGACUAUUGUCGCCUUACCAUUGACUACAAAGAAAUGGAAGUUGGUCAACUUCCCCGCUUAGUACGGAUUUACAAGGAUUUGGAUUAUCAUCGCCUGCCACUGUGGAGGACCUAGGUUCAAGACCGCGACUGGACCAUCCCGGGACUCACGGCUUUGGUGUCCUUGAGCAAGACACUGAUACCCCAAACUGCUCCACGGGCGCUUCAGCUGCCCCCUGCUCCGGUGUGUUACACUAACAAGUGUAUGUGUUCACUGUGGUGGGUAAAAUGCAGAGAACAGAUUUCAUGUGCAUGCAUGCAUUCAUGACAACAAAGAUGAAUCUUCUUUGAUAAUCUGGCCUUUACUGAUUUGAUCGCAAUGAGGAAAUUUGGGCUCAUAAUCGGCCCGAUUAUCACUGCACUCUGCUUCGGAAUAAUUUUAUUUUUCUACGUCAGAUAGUCGGGUCUUUGCUGACUUUGAUCACAAGUGGGCAAUUGUGCUCAAAUUCAGUUUGAUUUUCAGUAUGCGUAUACCCCUACUAAAGACAAGACAAAGGCUCCUCAGCCACAUUUAUUCUGGACUGCGUAAUUGGAAGUGGCUUGCUUUGUUUUCUAUUUGAAAUAACAUGCUUGCAUAGUUUUCUGGCUUGAGUCUCCAUGUCUGAACUUUUGUUCAAGAAGAGCAAAAAGAAGGGGAAGAAGAAAUAUGUAUGUCCACGUCUCCUGAAGAGCAGACAAAAUGACAUGCUGGCAGGGGCAGAUUGCAGGGUUGCCAUCGGCCUGGAACUGUAAACACGGCAGCCGGCCUCGUUAGGACAUUCCAGAAUGGUCCUCAACUGUGGAUUCUUGGAAGAGUUUCCCGCUUGUUUGCAUUCCUCCUGUGGGACAGCAGCAGCGCUAACAGAGUGGUGCCUGUGAUCAAGGCUGCAGCCUGCAGCCCACUCGCAAUUACACCAGAGAGGACACCGAGGCCAGCAGAUGUCAAGCAUUCCAACAAAACUGUCAAAUGGGCCGCGGGCGAUCCUUUUUACAGAUAAGACACGAGCUCUUAUUUCUCGCUGGUUUUAGGGGAAAAUUUUAUGCAAUCAUAUCAUUCAUAGAAGAUGAAAUGUGUUCAUUGCCGCUAGACCGGUUUUUCUCAACAUUUUGUUGAGCCGCCGUAAAAAUUUUUGAUCAAAGAAAAAUGUAAUUGCAACAAAUGACACAAAAAAAGUACAAAAGAUAUGGGUUACCACACCACUAGGAUUUUCAUACCUAGCUGUGCACGCCCUUUUUGUUGCCAGCAGUUUCAACAUUAAUGGUUGUGUGUCGAGUUAUUUUGAGGAGACAGUAAAUUUCCACCAUUAUACAAACUGUGCACUGAUUACUUCACAUUGUAGCUGUGUCAUUUCUUAAGGAUAGCCCCAUCAAGAUGUGAGUGGUGCACUCAUUUUUGUCAGAUACUGUUCAUUGGUACCCUGACUUUACUUGUCUAUCCAAUCGAUUUUCCCUCAUAAAAUUAACUGAAAUGCCAUUUCUCUAUUCCAGUAAUAAUACUUUUUUUUGUGUCUAAAACAUAAGG